AUGAAACGGAAUGCCAAUAACGUAGUCGUAGGUUUCGUCUCGGGACUCAACAUCUCCCUUUGUGAAGAAGGAUCAGCGCUUGGAUCGGUAGGUGGAGAGUUGACUGUAGUCCGGUAGCUUCUUGGCAUCUUGGCUUGGGUUCUACUCGACGGGCUAGGGGAUUGCGGUCUUCAAGCACGCCACGAAAAACGUAAGGCAAAAUUGGAAAUAGAGAUUUCGAGCUGCGCCCAAUAUUUUUGAUUCUUUUGAAAGAAUGAAUAUUGUGUUAGAUGGUAUUGUAACUCUGCGAUUUGGAAUAAUUUAGGGAUGAAUAGUAUGUCAAAAAUUACGUUGUUCUCAGUUUCAAGUGUUGACGUUGUAAAAAAGAAAUCUGGAAAUUUGACAGUUGAAAAGGGCACUUGUCGGUUCAUUAUUGCAUCAUGUUGCAGGAACUGAAGGAGAUACGCAAGAAAGGACUGGAGAAGGCGUGAGCAAAGUUGGAUCAGUGGAAGCAGACGACGUUUAG